AUGAAAACUAAGAAGAAAAAACAAGGAAAUAUUGAAAAAGGGAAACUUUACAAGCUUGUUAUGAAUUUGGAAUUUGAUAAUCCGUCAGAAAAUGAAAAUUUUAAAAGUAAAGAUUUUGAAGGACUUGUGGAUUCUGCAAUUAGAAGAGUUCUAGGCGAAGCAGCCCCUUUAUAUCAAUUUUUAUCUUAUGAUGUUGCCACAAGACGAGGAAGUUUAUUAUUAAAAUCAGAAGAUUUUAGUUUAAUUUGGGGUGCUUUAACAAUUUAUGGGUGUCAUUUUGAACAAAAAAUUGCUUUGCAUUUUUAUAAUUUGUUGUCACAAUAA